CUUCGCGACCAAGGUCUCUGGUCAGGAUCACCUUUCCCCCUUUUCGUCUCUUCUUGAAUUGAACCACCUGCGUACGCUCGUGUGACCAUCUUCUUCUCCAAUCAAGCUUACUGUAUCGCCGACGGUUCAAUCUCUUCCUCCAGCUUCUUCGUCUUAAUCGCCGGCACCGCCGUCGAAUUUCAUCACCGUCUUCUUGGCUAUUUGAAUUCGUUUUGUUCUGAUUGAACCAUGGAAUCCCCGGAUAUUCGUGGCGGUUCCGACGCAGCGACGACGCUCGAGACGGCGGAGAAGAUAAUACUCCGGUGGGAUUCGACAACCUCGGAGGAAGCGAAAGAGAAUCUCAUCUUCCAAAGCGACCGAGACGAAGUAGAUCGUUACUUGCAAGCGGUCGACGAAGUCCAACGCCUCGUCUCCUCCGUCUCCAUCUCCGACAGCCACCACCACCACGAAGUCAAAGCUAGGUCAACGAUACAAAUCGCCAUGGCUAGGCUCGAGGACGAGCUCCGAAACAUCCUCCUCUCUCAGACAUCAACUUUCGAACCCGACUCCCUCCUCCUCGACUCGUCCGCUUCCGCUUUCGCCACACGCGCCGAUCUCGAAGACAACACCGAGACGGUUGGAGCUGACGAGGGGGAGGGAGAGGAGCAGGAACAGGAGGAAAUGAAUCUGGUUCUACCGGACGGUUCAGAUUCAAAUUCCGGUUCAGACCCCGGUUCGAGCCGGUUAUCGAGCCGAAGAAGCAGUUGCAAAUCCACAAGCAGUAUACGCGAGAUCGAUCUCGUCUCCACGGAAGCCGUUUCCGAUCUGAGAUCGAUCGUCCACCGCAUGAUCGGAGCCGGAUACUCCCGCGAGUGCCUCCAGGUGUACGGGAACGUGCGCAAAUCCGCCAUGGAGACGAUCUUCAAGCAGCUGGGGAUAGUGAAGCUAGGGAUCGGUGACGUUCAGCGGCUCGACUGGGAAGCCGUCGAAGUGAAGAUCAGGAGGUGGAUACGCGCGGCGAAAGUCUGCGUUAGGGUUGUGUUCUCGAGCGAGAAGCGUCUCUGCGAGCAGAUAUUCGACGGCGGAGAGAUCGAGGAGACUUGCUUCAUGGAGAUAGUGAAAUCCUCAGCUCUGCAGCUCUUCACUUUCCCUGAAGCGAUCAGCAUCAGCAGAAGAUCUCCCGAGAAGCUGUUCAAGAUUCUUGAUUUACACGAUGCUUUAGCUGAUUUGUUACCUGAUAUGGAAGAGAUCUUUAACUCGGAAUCCUCAGAGACGAUUCUUGUUCAAGCGACGGAGAUUCAAUCGAGAUUAGCGGAAGCGGCGAGAGGGACGCUUGUGGAGUUCGAGAACGCGAUUUUUCGCGAGCCUUCGGUGGUUCCCGUCCCUGGGGGAACUAUACAUCCGUUGACAAGGUAUGUGAUGAACUAUCUGAACUUGAUUGCAGACUAUAAGGAGACUCUGGAGGAGCUUGUAAUGUCGAAGCCCUGCGCGGGGUUGAAGUGUACUAAUGAUCCGGUGAAGCCGGAUAUGGAUCUAAGCCAGCUUGAAGGAAGAACACCGUUAGCUUUGCAUUGUAUAUGGACCAUGGUGAUGCUACAGUUCAACCUAGAAGGGAAGUCUUUGCAUUACAAGGACGAGGCUUUGUCGCAUAUAUUCAUCAUGAACAAUGUGCAUUACAUAGUUCAGAAGGUGAAAAGCUCGCCGGAGUUGAGAGAGAUUAUAGGAGAUCUUUAUUUGAGAAGGCUUACGGGGAUAUUCAGACACGCGGCGACUAAGUAUCAGAGAGCCACGUGGGUGAGAGUGUUGAAUAGUUUGAGAGAUGAAGGGUUGCAUGUGAGCGGAAGCUUCUCUUCCGGUGUGUCGAAAAGUGCGCUGAGAGAGAGGUUUAAAGCUUUUAAUACGAUGUUUGAAGAGGUUCAUAGGGUUCAGUCGACGUGGUCGGUUCCAGAUGCUCAGCUUAGAGAAGAGUUGAGGAUAUCUUUGUCGGAGCAUUUGAUUCCGGCUUAUAGAUCGUUUCUUGGGAGAUUCAGGGGACAUAUAGAGAGCGGAAGACAUCCAGAGAACUACUUGAAGUACUCCGUUGAGAAUCUUGAAACAGCAGUGUUGGAUUUCUUUGAAGGAUAUACCACGGCUCCACAUUUGAGACGGUCUCAGUGAAGUGAAGACACGGUAUCCACUUUCAUUGUAAUGGGGUGUUCAGAUAAAUCUACAGCUUCUGGUGAAUGAUAUAUAUUUCCACUCGCUUGUACUUGUAACCAUAAUUUGUUGAGUGUGUUGUUUGUUUGUUACCAAAAUUUUCAAUACUCCAUUUGUUGAUAAAUGUUUGCAUUUGUUGCAUAUUUGUAACACUUUUGUGUGCUUACGAUUCGUUAGAAACACAUCUAAAUGUUUUUUUUUAAUUA